UGUGUGUACAUAACAGCCACGGCAAACUCUAGUUCUGGGUCAAAACUCGAACACAACAAAAAUUGCAAUUUAUUAACUUUUUUAACAACUUUAAAAUUAAAAUGUUGCGUAUUUUCGUGGGAGCACAAAAGUGUUUAGGCCUGGUUAACAGAAAAUGUACACAGGCGGCGUCUAAGAAAUUAUGCACUCCCCAUAUCGCGCCUCUGGCCUCAAUAUUGAGCAUCCGACAUUAUGCGCCGCCCACGCACAUCAAACAAUCGGCGGUGCCCAACGAUUCCGGCACCAUGUCGGAGAUCAAGCACCAGAUGAUGCAGCGUCUGGGUCUGGAGCCGGGCUAUCAGCCGCUGCCCAAAUCGCGGGAGCAUCUGCUUAAAUAUCAACCAAAGCUGGAGGACCUGCCAGCGCGUGCCAUGCAGGAUUCAUUUACCUCGGCCAUAAUACCACUCAGCACGAAUCGUUCGCUGCAGGACAAAUAUGUAACGUAUUUGGGCAACGUGCGCAUGGGCAGGCUGCUGGAGGACAUGGACAUGUUUGCUGCCUGGUGCUGCCACAAGCAUUUGGUGGUGCCCCAGUUGCCUGCAGAUGUGCAUUUGCCGUACACCUUUGUGACCAUACUCGUGGAUCGUAUUGAUUUCGCCAACACCCUUGCCUCCGGCACCGAGGAUAUACGCCUCUCCGGACAUGUUUCAUGGGUGGGCACCAGUUCCAUGGAGGUCGUCGUUUGGCUGGAACAGAUGCAAAACGGCAGCUAUAAGAAGCUGACCCGUGCGCUGUUCCUUAUGGCCGCGCGCAAUGCUACCAACACGGCGGCGGCGCCCGUAAAUCCCAUUAAGCCAGCCAACGAGGAGGAGUCGGUGAUUCUAGCCGGCGGCAUAGAUCGCAAAAAGCAGCGUCAAUUGCUGGGCGCACAGUCCAUCUUUAAGGUGGAACCCAACGAUCCGGAACAGACGCUCAUGUACGAGCUGUACAAGCGCACCACGCCCACCGACACCAUGGAGCUGAACAAACGCAUAUUGCCGCCCAACUGCCGCUGGAUGUCCGAUUCCUAUCAUAUGAGCACCAUACCAUCGUUUCCCGAGCAUCGUAAUCAUCAUAAUCGGGUCUUUGGUGGCUUUCUAAUGCGGACCGCUCUGGAGAUUAGCUGGGCGGCCGCGGUGCUCUACUGCAAGACGCGUCCCAAGCUGGAGCACAUUUCGGACAUUAGCUUCGAGAAGCCCGUGAGCGUGGAUUCGUUUAUUAAGAUGACAGCCUAUGUGGUGUACACGACACUGAACUAUGUGCAGAUCAUGACCGUGGCCGAAGUGCUGGACCCGCACAGCGGCAGCCAGGUGACCACCAAUACCUUCUACUACACCUUUUCGGCACCGCAUACGGUGACCGAGGUGCUGCCACGCUCCUACCACGAGACCAUGUGGUAUCUUCAGGGUCGUCGCAAGUUCGAAUAUAGCAAGGGUCUAAAGAAGACAUAAUUUGAGAAUUAUAAACGAAUAAUGAUAAUUAAAUACUACGUGAGGCUAUGAUAAGGAGGCGCUCCGCUGGCAAUACUACAGACACAGUGAAGACUGUUAACGCUGACCGUACUCAAAUGCUGUACCUUGUUUUUUCUCAAACCAAACUAAUAUUAUGUUAUAUCAUAGCUUAAAUCUUAAGUUUCCUUAUAACAAGCUGUGCUUAAUUUUAAAGUGUUCACUCGCAAAAUUAGAAAGCUUUGGUCGUACAGUUGAUUCCAAUUUGCAACGAUUUGUAAUAUCUGAAAGUAAAAUUAAUGAA